GACGCCCCCUUCGAUUGAAAGUGAGCAGCGGCCUGUUUUAUAAAAAUAGGUUGUAAAAUAUUUCUAAAUUAAUGGGUAUGCAAAGAGGAUGGUCGACAAACAAUUGUUGCUGAGCUGAGCAAUUGCCAAGCGUGUAAGCCUGUCAUAAGUACAAAACCACAGAAACAUCAAGGCUAAUGUUAUUUGUUAAAGGGAUCUCGAUGCAAGGACCUUUAUAGCGAGCGAACGAAAGGCAGAAAAGAAUAUUGAUCGCAUUAGGUGCGCAAUUGGAGCGCAUCAAAGAUGUCAAUGUUGGAUUUUACAAUGAAAUUGAAUGGAAUCAAUGGCUUACGGAGGUAACGAAUAAUACAGAUAGGAUACCCAGCUUUGAUCGUAUUGGUGCUCUCUAUCCAGGGUGCCGUUUCAUUAGUGAAAAGCAAAUGUCGUCACAAGAAAACAUCGAUAUUGAGUAUUUGCCUUUAUCUAAUGAAAACAGCAAACAUUCUAUGAAUGAUCGGACAGAUUUAAGUCUGGAUUUGAAAUAUACUUCAGGAAACAAACAGAGAAAAUCGCUAAGUCGAGACAAUCCAAAUAGUAAUACCUUAGAUUUGAGGAUAACAAAGGAUCAAAACACUGCACCCGAAAUCGAAGAAAAUAAAUCAAAAAUACCGCGGCAGCUUCGAAAAACUAUCAGUUCUGGAGGCAUUAACCCAGUUUCGUCUUCAAAAGUCGUACUGAGACGCUGGACGUCAGUAAUACAGGACGAAGAGAAGUCACUUAAAAGGCAUUCAGCUUCGUCUAUCCUCGAGAGAAGCAAAGAAGAAAAGGUCGUAUUUAGGCCCGUCUCUAGUAUCUUGGUUAGCACACCAUGGGCGAAGUAUUUCAAGGGAAAUUCUUCCAAGGAGGCUAGAGAGCCAGAGGAAAAGGCUGAUGAGAAGGAGAAAAGUGACGAAAAGGUUCAGACAAGGAGAGCACAAUUCGCUAGCUCGGACAGCUGUUUGGCUGAAAAAUUUGAACAGUCAAGGGAACCGAGAACUGGAAGCGUCGUUGGAAAGGGUGGCUGGCACUCAACCGUUGGGAAAUCAGAAAUACAACAAAAUUUGUUUAACCUUAGUGAUCAGUCUAGUAGCAGCAUUGGAUUUUAUGCCAAUAAGAACGAAAAAAACGGGGAAAUUGAUGUAAGCAGUUUACCUAGGGCAAAACAAUUUAACGGUGACAUUUGUUUGGAAGAAAAGGCUAAUUACGUUUUGUAUAACGGAACCGCUACACCACAGGUGAAAGAUAAUUAUUUUCAAACAACCAAACUUCCCUCAAAGCAAAAUACCCAGGAAGUAAGUAAAGUAAUCGAGACAGGAAACGAAAACGAUUCACCCGGUAAUACUGCAGAGGAAGGAGAAAUGUCAUUGUCCUCGGGUUCGUACUUCUAUAAAUCAAAAUAUUCUUCUGACUUUGCAGCCAACGAGCCUUCAUACAGACGAGGGAAUUCGAGUUCAUAUGGUAGACGCACUGGAAUUUCGGUGGACAGGUCUUAUCCUAGCACCAGGGCAGCUGACCUUACAUAUACAUCUGCUUUCAAAAUAAGUCGUGCAGCAAAUAUCGAAAAAAGUGGAAAAGAAACUGUUGCAGAAGUCGAGGCAUUUAUUUCUGCGUACAAAAGUCGAAGGGAGCGCAGUUUCGAGUAUGGAGAAACAGGAUAUCAGAGUAAUUUUUCAAGAAGGAGUGAAAGGAAAUCCAGUUUGGAAAAGGCACCGCCAACAUACCAAAGUCACGCAACCCGCAGCUUGACAUCAAGCUACAAUCCCACUUAUUUGUCAAAUACACCCCCUGCAAGCAGCAUCUUAGAUGGGGCCAAGCAACGCCAAAGUUACCUGACAAGUGCAGAAAGGGACAAGUCAGCACGCUACCUUGCCAAAUCUAAUAGAAGUAAGAGUUUUGAUACAGAUUCUGUUCCAUAUUCAUCUUUUACCAGAACUGGAAGUGGUGGUAGAUACCCAAGGAGAACAAUUUCGUCAACAAAUUCCUCUGUUGGUUCGAGUACAUCAUCUUCAAGGGGCUAUAGUCCCCCUGAAAAUGAACUGGACGAUUCACCUUUUUAUCCAGGCAAGCCUUCUACUCCACGCCAAAUAAGCGGGUCAAUCUUGUCGUCUGAUAUUCUUACUCCUAGUGAAAAAGCAUUUUUCUCUGGUUCUAGCCUUUCGCAUAUUUCAAGUACAAAUUCAAAUGGAAGUUAUCGAAAAAGUUUUGAUUUCAGCACAUCUGAUUCAUCUAGUUAUCGUAGAAAUAGUAUUGGUCAUUCCAACUUGAAAGCUUCUGGAGACCUAAAAAGUGAUUCCAAGACCAAAAGACCUUUAUCUUUAGCUAGCAGUGAUAGGAGAUUCUCUGUCCCAUGUGGAGAUGCUUUGAAAAGAAAGAGUGCAAUUCUUGGUGAGCAAAAUGAUUCAUCUUCUCGAUCUCGAAUCAUGGGAGGAAUACUGUCGAGAUUUUUCGCAGAAGAGUUGCCAGAAAAAGUUGAAGAAACACCAGGUGCUGAGACAAAAACAGAUCAGGAUACAACUGGCAAACCAUUUUCAACUAGUUGUCAUUCGCAGGAGAAUGUUGACUCAAAUGUACAGUCUAAUCAUUCUGGUAGAGAUGUAUCGCACCAGACACAGGUGGCAUGUUCUGAGAAAAAUUUUCAGCAGUCACAACAUAGUGGGGAUUCCCAGACUGUUGUCCAGUCAUCACCCUCGCCGGAGAGGCCGGAAGACCGUAACCAGACUCCGUCAUCCAAAAACAGGCAGUUGGUGAGAGUGAAGUCAACUUAUGUCGAUGAAGUAGAACCAGCAAGCAUGGGUAAAGAUAAACCAUCACACAAAUCCAAGGGGAAGCCAGUUGAUGGGGCUGAAAAACAAGUGUCAAGAGAAGGCAAAGACGGAGAACAAACACCCCAUCAUAGAGAACGCCGAUCAUCUUGGCUUGGAAGAUCGCUAAGAAAGAUAUCGUCAUCUGGUACUCGGAGUACUGUUCCUGAAGAACCUCAAGUACAGGAGAGUAGCGAAAAGCCGAAACGAGAACGGAGAAGGUCGUUGUUGUGGAGAUUAGGCCGGGAAUCGAGAACCAGCGAGUUAUUAGACGAAAAAGCGGCCUCAAAACAGGCUGCUCAAGUUUCUUCAGAAAACAAAACCACAGAGAAAAAGGAGAAAUCAGAAGAAAAGAAGGAAGAGAAAGGUUUUGCUAGUUAUUUGAGACGGUCGUCAAAAAGGAAGAAAAGCCAAGUUUCUGAAAAGGAGAUACUUGAAGCACGUCAGGAAGUUCACGGCACGUCACGUGAAGGGAAGGAAUCACGUGGGGAAAAAGAUUCCACGCAACCAGAAAUACUUGAUACUGCAGCGCAGAUCUCACAGUCAGAUGUUACCGUUCAUUCCAGUGAUGAAGUUACAAAGGAAAGUGUAUCAAUAGAGGAAAGUAGACCGGACGCCACACCAAGAGCACCCUUAGCACAGGCAGAAGAUUCGGAGGACGAAAUGGCCUAUGUAAGUGCGAGGCGAACAAGGUUUGCUGAAGUUUUGCGGCAGAAAGAGGAGGAAGCAAAGGAGGCUGCGACAGUUGCAAGGACUGAAACAGUGAAAACUAGCAAAACAGCAGAAACACUAAGCCAGUUUUAGGACCUGAACAAGCAGCUUCAAAACAGAAAUCAUCAUAUUUGUCAUCGAAAUUUAUGAAAAGUAAACAUCUAUUCGAAGCAAGCAGUGGAAAAUCUAGUAGUGAUUUGAAAAAGAGCACGGGGCCGUCCAAGCCAGUGACUAGACGUUGGACUCAAGAGGCCAAGGUAGAACCACGAGUGCGCAAGGCCGGAAUUAAAGAAAUUACGAGCAAUGACGAAUCAAAGAGUGGUGACAGUAGUCGGACGAUUCCAAGUAUAAGUGAAAAGAGAGCUUUAUUUCAGAAGUCUAGAACUUUUGAUAGUGACGAAUCUAGCAAGAAAGAUUUGUCUGGAAGUGGCGACAAGAGACUUCCAUUAAAAGAGAGAAACAAAAUAAGUGGAGGCCCAGGAACUGUUUCUAAACAAAGAGAGACUACCGGGAAAAGUGCAACAACAGAUCUUUCUACAAAGUCGCCUGUAAGAAGACUUGCAAGUGAUUCUGUAUUGAAAUUCAAAACACGCGAAAAGAAAAGCUCUAAAGAACAAGGUACCACUCAUGGAAAGAAGGUCGAGGAAACAACCCAAAUUGACAAAAGAUUGAACCGACAAAAUAAGGAAAGUGUUGUCACAAAUGCACGGGAUAGUAGACGGACGGAUCCAAUGCAGGAGAUAACUAUCGAAAAAGAGAUACCUAAAAGCGAUUCCAAUGAUAUAUUGAACACAUCUAGCGAAAAGAC